GUCAAGGGCCUCCUUGUGGCCCCGCCUCCGCCCAACUCCCCCUCCCCACGCACGCAGCAGCAGUAAUGGCGGACUACGACUUCGAUGAUCGGGACCGGGCCUACAGCAGCUUCGGGGGCAACAGAGGGCCCCGCAGCGGCGGCCCCCCCGGAGGUCGGCGUAUGAAGGAGCUUCCCUCAGAGCCGCCCUACACCGCCUACGUGGGCAACCUGCCGCCAAACACGGUCCAGGGAGACCUGGACAACAUGUUCAAGGGCCUCAGCAUACGCAGCGUCCGACUGGUGCGCGACAAAGAGACUGACAAGUUCAAAGGUUUCUGUUAUGUGGAGUUUGACGAUCUGGAGUCUCUGAAGGAGGCCUUGGCGUACGACGGCGCCGCUUUAGAAAUCGGCUCGCUUCGAGUGGACAUCGCAGAGGGACGAAGACAAGGGCGAGGGGGCGGCAGCGGCUUUGGCUUCCCCAAAGACGACUCUCGAGGCCAAGGAGGUCACCGAGGAGGCGGUCCCCGAGGAGGACGUGACGACUUCAUGGAUCAGCCCGGUGGAGGUGCGACCGAUCAGACGACAGGACAAAGUUUCAGAGACGACGACUACUCGGGAGGGCGGUCUCGAGGAGGCGGACGUGGCGGCGACAGGCGGGGAGGAGGCGGCGGUGCCAUGGGCCGCUUCAGAGACGGGCCACCUCGCGGAGGAAUGACGGACUUCAGGGAACCGUCUGACGAGGAGCGCGCCCAGAGGCCCCGCCUCCAGCUGAAGCCUCGGACGGUGUCGGAGCCCCUCAACCAGGUGGCCAACCCCAACUCCGCCAUCUUUGGGGGCGCCAAACCGCGAGAGGAGAACGCUUGAGGAACGGUUGCCGCGACGGCUCGUCGCCACAUUCGGAAGCGUCUCGCUUGAAUUGUUGCAUAAGUAGCAAAAACAAAAGGCUGUCCCCGCCCGUUUGGACAUUGGAAUGGCCCAUUUGGAUGCGUUUGUGCUGCUGACAUUCCACGAAGCCUUUUUACAGGUUGAGACCAGUGCAGUGGCAUUUUCUCCGGCCAGCUGGCCGGGCAUUACCCGGAAGACAAAUCCGUGGCUAAGAAAUUCCCAGUGUUGUCAGACAUUGCACGUAUUGGCUCAUGCAAAUGCCUCCAGCAUCUGCGCAAGCUCAUUUGGAUUGGCCGUCCAAACGGAGCGUCGGCCCACGCUGGCGACGUCGCAAGUUGUCAAAUUGGCACUAAUAAAGACAAUUCAAAGGCCAGCUCGCUCAAGUUUUAGCAAGAAGCGCCGCGUUCACGUUUGGCAUUCGCACACACUCGAGACCCGCCCCCUCGCUUCGGCUUACUGUGAUACAGCCGCGCGCCCACUCUCUCCCCGCCAACAUCUGGUUUCCCUCCCGGCGACCGUCACGCUGCCU